AAAAUCGAAAAAAAAAUAUUAAUAAUCUAAACAUUAAAGAACAAGCAAGAGAUUUACAAGGUUCUUUAAAAAUUGAAGAUUUUACUAAUCUUAAAAAUUUUAAUUGUUCUAAAAACCAACUUACUCAAGUAGAGUUAAUUAACUGUCCUAAUUUAGAAAAGAUCGAUUGUUCAGAUAAUAGAUUAACAGGUUUAAAACUUGAAAAACUAACAAACCUUAUCGAACUAGACUGUGGAAAUAAUCAAUUAACCAAUUUAGUUAUUAAAGAUUGCCCUAAUCUAAAAAUAAUCCAUUGCUCAAAAAACAAACUUGAUAAAUUAGACCUCAAAGUUUUUCCAAAUCUAAAAGAACUUUAUUGUUCUGAAAAUCAAUUAACUGAACUACAACUUGGCGAGUUAAAUAAACUUGCUAGUCUAGAAUGCCAAAAUAAUCAAUUAUCAGAGUUGGAAACUAGCGGUUGUCCAAAUUUGGAAAAAAUUUAUUGCAACGAUAACAAGUUAGUUAAAUUGAAUCUUGGCGAAUUAGAAAAUCUUUUAGAACUAAACUGCUCCAAAAAUCAACUAACUUCUUUGGAUAUCUCCGGAUGUCCUAGUUUAGAAAAGUUCGAUUGUUCUAACAAUCUUUUAACUGCACUUGACUUAGAUAAUAAUGUAGAACUAAAGGAAUUAAGCAUUAAUAAUAAUAAAUUUCAAGAUCAAGUUUUAAUUUUUCUAGCACAUCUGACUAAAUUAGAAAAUCUAGACUUGAAUACCAAUGGUUUUGUUGGUUCGCUGAGACCACUAAAUCAUAUGAAUAAUUUGAAAAAACUUAACAUUUCUUUUACCAGUAUAGAAAGUGAAUGGGAAUAUUUAUCGGAUACUCUUAGCGAAUUUUAUUGUUCUAGCGAAGCGGGGAAAGGACAGCGAAAAGAUUAUUUUACUUAUAGUGCUGGCACAUCUAGCACUGGUGGUAGCACGACAUAUGCGUUUGAUAAAAGUAACAAUAAUCUUUCAUCAUUAGUAUGUCAAAAUAAUAGAUAUACAAAUAAGAAUUAUGGUGAUUAUCCUAAUUAUGAAUAUAAUCAUCAACGACCUACUAAUGAAAAUCCUCACCAACUCAAAGUAGCAAAAUUAACUAAAUCAAGUGAAAAUAAAGAAGUUAAAGAAUUGCGUAAUGAAUUAGCCAUGGAAAGAGAAGAAGCUGAUAAAGAGAUUGAACAGUUGCAAAAUAAGAUUGCUAAGUUAGAACAAAAACCAAAGCAACAAUUAGAGACUCAGGGCAUAACUAAUAAAAAGAUUCUUCGAGUAAUUCGCCAUUUGCCACGAGAGUUAUUUGUGUCUGACCAAUAUUGCCAAAUAGCUUAUGAGAAUUCCCCUUUACCAAUUGGUUGUGGCCAAACUAUUUCUCAGCCUUUUAUUGUGGUUUAUAUGACCGAAAAAUUAGAACUAAAAAAAACUGAUAAGGUGUUGGAAAUAGGAACAGGUAGCGGAUUUCAAACGGGGGUGUUAGCCCAAUUAACCCACCAAGUAUAUACCAUUGAAACUUAUGCUAAACUUUCCCGACAAGCCCAACUGACUCCAUUUAACAAAAUUAUUGUCACCGCGGUGGCUCAAGAAAUACCUUCUUUACUGGUUGGACAACUAAAAAUGGGGGGCAAAAUGAUUUUACCGUUGGAGUUAAGCGACGGAGAACAAUAUUUAAUUUUAUUAAGUAAAUUGAUGGAAAAUAAAAUCAAACAAGAAAGACUUAUACCGGUUAGGUUUGUACCGUUGUUGUAA